AUGAAACCGCCCUUGAAACAAUGGCGACAACGAAUGCUCUUUGGAAUUUUUGUUUGGGGACUCCUCUUUUUGGCGAUUUUCAUCUACUUCACCAACAGCCAUCCUGCUGCACCUAUACCCAGCUCCUUUUCCUUCCUGGAGAGCCGUGCGCUCCUGCCUGUGCAGGGCAAGCAGUGGGCCAUCAUGGGUGCUUUGCAGGAGCCCUCCUUGCCCAGAACGUUGGAGGCGAGAAAACUGCUGCUGGGCAGCCACCCUGCCAGCUCCUUCCCCAGCGGGCCUGGGGAUCCACAGAAAUGGGACCAAGCCCAAGAUGGCUUUGACAAUGGAGAAGAGAUUUUUUCAUCAGGAGGAAAUCAGGUCGGGAGGAAAUCACAAAGUGCUUUCAACCCCGAGGAAGAUGGCUACUUUUUUCUUGCAGGUCAACCAGGUUGGCACCAACACUCACAGGGCACACUGGGGCUGUCUCCUGGGGAGACAUCGCUGCGGGCAGCAACCACCCAGCACAAGCGGGAGAAGCCACGCCACGCAAGGCGAAGCAGAAUGCUUGAGGAGGCCUAUGACAGCGACAUGCUGCCUUCCUCCAUGUCCAGAGCUUUCCUAUACCGGCUCUGGAAGGGCGCCGUGUCCUCUAAGAUGCUGAACCCGUGCCUGCAGAAGGCCAUGCGCUACUACAUGUCCUUCAACAAACACGGUGUACGCUUCCACAGACAGCGCGAGGUUCGGCGCUCUGGACCAGAGCUGCUGUGUGAGCUGCGAAGGCGCAUCCGUGUGCGCACGCUGGACUGCAAGGAAGCACCGUUCUCGGCGCUGGGCUGGCGGCCUCUGGUACCCGGGGUGCCUCUGAGCCAGCUGCACACACGCGGCCUGCGCACCUGCGCAGUAGUCACGUCUGCCGGUGCCAUCCUGAACUCCUCCUUGGGGGAGGAAAUCGAUUCUCAUGAUGCAGUUUUGAGAUUUAACUCUGCCCCUACACGUGGCUAUGAGAAAGAUGUUGGAAAUAAAACCACAGUACGCAUCAUCAACUCUCAGAUUCUGGCCAACCCCAGUCAUCACUUCCUUGACAGUUCUUUAUAUAAAGAUGUUAUCCUAGUGGCCUGGGACCCAGCUCCGUAUUCUGCUAAUCUUAACCUGUGGUAUAAGAAGCCAGAUUACAACUUUUUCACUCCAUACAUCCAGCAUCGCUGGAGAUACCCAACUCAACCAUUUUACAUUCUUCACCCCAAAUUCAUAUGGCAGCUUUGGGAUAUAAUCCAGGAGAACACGAAGGAAAAGAUACAGCCCAACCCACCGUCUUCUGGUUUCAUUGGAAUCCUCCUCAUGAUGUCCAUGUGCAGAGAAGUGCACGUGUAUGAGUACUUCCUUUCUGUCCGGCAAACAGAGCUUUGCCACUACCACGAGCUGUACUACGAUGCAGCCUGCACUGGGGCAUACCACCCACUGCUCUACGAAACCCUGAACACGGGCUCCCAAGAAGAUUUGCAUCAUAAGGGCAAGGUGGUCCUGCCAGGCUUCCGGGCCCUGCGGUGCCCAGUAAUCAACCCCAACAAUACACACUCAUAA